UGUGUCCCCAGAGGACAGACUAUGAUAUGAUAAAGGGUUGGUAUGUGUCCUGUGUCCCCAGAGGACAGACGCCAGCGGACUCAGACUAUCAGCUAUUGGAGAUCGCCCGGCGGUUGGAGAUGUACGGAGUCAGGCUCCACCCUGCUAAGGACCGAGAGGGUACCAAGCUCAGUCUGGCUGUGUCUCAUAUUGGACUGCUGGUGUUUCAGGGACACACUAAGAUCAAUGCUUUUAACUGGUCUAAAGUCCGCAAGCUCAGCUUCAAGAGGAAACGUUUUCUCAUCAAACUCAGACCAGACCUCAAUCAGAGUACAUACCAGGACACUCUUGAGUUUGUGAUGGCCAGUAGAGAUGGUUGUAAGAUCUUCUGGAAAAUAUGUGUGGAGUACCACGCCUUCUUCAGACUGUUGGAGGAACCCAAGCCCAAAGCCAAAGCUGUUCUCUUCACCAGAGGGUCCUCCUUCAGGUUUAGCGGUCGGACACAGAAGCAGGUUUUCGAUUACGUCAAGGACUCAGAGUUCCAAAGGUCCCUUUUGAAAGGUGAGACUUCACCUGGUCUGGAUGUCAGCCUGAGGAAACACAGUAAGAAGGUGUCCGGCAGCAGCCUGACACCCCAGGACAGAAAGACAUCCACAGUGCCACCAGAGAGUGUCUCAGUGGCCCCUACAGUGACCAACGGCCACCAGGCUGGACCAGAGGCCCAGGCCCUACCCUCCACCACGGGACACCCAGAGCUGCAGAUCUCAGGUCCAGUCCGACAGGCAGCUGAAGGCAGCAGCUCUUCUAUCUCCUACGUCCACUGUUCUGGUGUGAUCUCAGGCAGCUCUCCAGUGGUGGUGAACGGGCAGAAAGCCUUUCCCUUCGGCCCGGGUCAGAGCCCCAACGGGCACCAGCCCUCGCCCAUCAACGCCCAUUCCUCCCCCCUCUCAUCCCCUGUUCACCAGGCUAGGAGAGUCUGGCUACGUCCCACGGAUUACCAGGCGAGUCUGUAA